GCUCCAACACAAACGACACAAGUAGACCACACUAUAAAUGGGGUGACAGUUUUGACAAAAUACAUGGUUUGGCUUUGUAGCAUUGUAAUUUGUACGAAAGAGAUUUGAACGAUGAGAUAGAGAUAUCACCAGCCAAGUUUUUAGAGCUACUAGCACAGAAAGAGUGGGAGAGAGAUGCAUGGUAUGUGGUUGUACUUGAAGGAGAAUGUAAAGUGUGGGAAGCAUACUGAUGUGCUUUGUAGCUCUGAAAAAUGUAGCAACAAACAUAGCUUCACACCAUUAAACAAGAACUUGGUUCCAGAUUCUCAGUUAGUUCAUCCUAUUCGCGAACUUAUUUACCGGAAAAACUACUCCCAAACACGUCUCUAUGAGUUGGAGAUUGGAGAUCCAUCAAGGAAAAUUGUGGAGAUAAUAUUCCAAAAAGCAUCCUUGGAUCACUCAAAGUCAACAACCCGGAUAAAAAGCAUUCUAAAGGUAAAGAACUCUACACAAACACUUGACAGUUUUGAGAAGUACAGAGACAAGGUGAAGAUGAUUGCGGACCAUAGAUGCACAAAGAAUCCCAGAAACAUUGUAGAUGGAAAUGAGCAACUCCGAUUCUAUGGCACGACAAUGUCUUGUCGCAGGGAAAGGUCGAAGCGAGUUUCAGAGCUUUGCAAGAAUCCCAAUUGCAGAGUUUGCAGAAUACUUCAAUCGAAUUUUCACAUAGAUUACACAACAAAUAAUGGAAUUCAUUUGAGUUCAAGUAGUGAUGAGUUCAGGGAGAAAGUGAUGAAGAACACAGAAAGAGCAGUGAUAGUUUGCAGAAUCAUUGCAGGAAACGAAAGCAUCUCCAAUGAUGACGAGAGUACUGUGUGCAAUUCAACUGGGAAUGAAAAGGGAUACAAUAGGUCCGGGAAUGCAAUAGUGUGGAAUCCCAGUGCUGUACUUCCAUGUUUUGUCAUAAUUUUUACAUGAAAUUUACUUGCUUGUAUAUGAUUCCUUGCAUUAACUAAUACAUUUUGUAUUCAGCCCUAACUGGUGCUAGUAGUAGAAAUAUAGAUUUCGUAUUUCAUUCAA